UUGGGGAAGUAUUCCAUGCGCGCUGUAGAUUGUAUUACCCCGUUCGUUCCCUCCUCUUCUCAUUCUGAAAACAGAAAAGGGAAGAGAGCCACCGCACAUUUUUGAAAAUGCCCGUUCGCCGCCUCAGGCUCGAUUCCGACUCCGACGAAGAACAACAACAUCCACUUCAGCCACGUCCCGUCGAAAUCUCCGACGACGACGAUGACGACUUCAUCGACGUCGCCGAUAGCCUCUCUCCUCCCUCUCCCGCCUCCGCCUGUCCAAUCUCCGACCACCUCCGCCGCCUCGGACUGUCCCUCAGGCGUGACUGGCUCGCUUCCUGCCUUCUCCAACUCCAAUCCUCCGUCGCCGCCUUCCAACGCCUCGACGCCGCCGCCAAAGCCAAGCUCUGCUUCGAGCACUUUCUCUUCGCCGACAUGAACUCCUGCGGCGCCGGUGUACUCCCUCCCGACGUCGAUUCCAUGCACCUUCGGCUUCUCCCCGGUCCCUACGUGUUGCAGGUUGAUGAAGUUAUCAACAUCUGUUGUCCUCUGCGAGGCAGAUAUGAAGCGGCACCUGCUGGACUCAAAAGGUGCCUCAAGUUGUCUAUGACUGAUGGCGUUCAGAGAGUCUUUGGAAUGGAGUAUAGGCCUAUCAAAGCUCUUGAAGUUUGUGCAUCUUCUGGUUCAAAGGUUGUCAUCUCUAAUGUACAUGUGCGUCGCGGACUUCUGAUGCUGGUCCCUGAAACCAUUGUAAUUUUGGGGGGAUUGGUUGAGCAGCUGGAUGCAGCUCGAAAACGGUUGGUUGAAGAAAUAAAUAAACCACCUAGGGGGAAAAGAACCAAAAACGGAGUGCUUCCUCCUUUAGCAACUAGAGCUACUCUUGCUGCAUGGCCUUCAGGUGGAGUUGAUGAUCUUGGGCGCAGUGGCUUCAUGCCACACGGUUCACAUUCUGUCCAGGAAAACAAUCAAGGUGCUAGCCUGAGCAUGUCUGGCACUGGUAACAGCUUAACAACUGAAGAUACUGUGUCCAUGGGUGCACAAAAUACUGCUUCUAAUUCUAUACUCCACAUGGCAUCCAAUGCUGAGGCCAUAAAUAUGAAUAUGCGUAGGGAUAGUAAUCCUGUUUCCCGUGUGAGUCCGAUGGCUAACCAGCUCUCUUCUGUCAUCUCAAAGGCUGAGGAGAUGCAUAUAGAUGCUGCUAACCUCACCAGGGAAACUUCUGUUGACAAUCACACUUCUCACAUGGAUUCAAAUGUUGCAGCAGCACAUAUGGACUCUGUUCAUAUAGCAAGAGAAAGUUAUGCAGCUACCGAGUGCACUCCCAUUGUUGAAAAUGUUGAGACAGACAGGGAUAGAACUCAUGUAGCAACUGAUAGUGCUCGUCUGAGAAGAUCCUCCCCCGCCUUUUUAAAUGUUGCAGCGACACAUAAGGACACUGUUCAUAUAACAAGAGAAAGUUCUGUGGUUAUGGAGUGCUCUCCCAUUGUUGAAAAUGUUGACACAGACAGGGAUAGAACUCAUCUAGCUACAGAUACUGCUCAUCCAAGAAGAUCCUCCCCCACCAUUUUAAACACUAGCGAUGUCGACAUGGUUGAUGCCAGUGACCAUCCACUCAUUAUGUCUGGAGACCAAGAGGUUCCUUUCACAUACUUAGCUAGUUUGUCUGCCAAGUUGGCUGCAAUGAAGGAGGGAGCUCCUUUUGUUCGGGGUAAAAUCAAGUGCUUUUUGACUGGUGUAAAAGGAUUCCAGUAUAAGAAAAGGGCAACUUACGAGCUUCAGGCAUAUGUAGACGAUGGUAGCCUUAUUUCUGAAAUCCUCAUUGAUCAUGAUGUGGUACAGAAAGGAAUUGGUUAUUCUCCUAUGGAGGUAACCGCCGCUCUUUCUUCUCAUGACACGAAAAUUGUCCAACAAAUGAAGGAUACAAUGCGUAAAUUUCAAGCUUUUUUAGCGAACUUUGAGGGAAUAAUACUUGUGGAAUUAAAUAAAAAAUCUUCCCUUCCCCUUGCACUAGAGAUGAGUCAAGGCUGUCCUCAAUCUGAUGCAUGGUUACUUCUGAGAAGGCUGAAGUCUCUUCACCCUCCACAAGUUCAAGAACAUUUUUCUUCGGAUCCAAUUGAAUUAUCCCCAUAAGCAUCAGAGUUACCUAUCCAAGAUGAAAAUAGUACCGUUCUUCGUACUUCACCAAAAUCCUCGAAUUCCAACACCCUAGCAUAUCAAAGAUGACUUAGAAAUAUGAGAUUAUGAGGUAGCAUUUGAUGCUGGACCAACUUUUAUGCUGCCAUCUCGCCCUGAGAUGAAUGUUUAAACGACUAGAGAUGUAAGAUAUAUUGUACUGCUCCGGAGAAAAGUCGACAAAAAUGUAUGGUUUUCAUUUUCAUGAAAAAAAGGAAUUACCGUUGAUCCAAGUUAGCAGAAAAAGAAAGGUGAUUGAUGGACCUUAAAUGGCAUUGCCCUACAUUGGAAAAAAAUAAUCAAUUGCUCUUGGGAAAAGGAGGAAUGAAAGGUUGCCUGAUAUAUACUACAGCUGAGGCAUGAAUUGGCCUUGCAUCUUUCAUUGUUCUCGGUGUUCCCACUGGAGGUUUAUUUGUCGGAUGAGAUGUAUAUUUUCAUCUUAGGAUGCAUUGUAGUUCAUGAAUGCGUAUAAUUUUUUGUUUUUGCAAUUAGAAUUGUAAAUUUUCUGACGGUGAUUUUAGCUUUGCUAAUGUUAGUCCAAGCGGUUUUGUCAAGUUUACUGGCAUUUUCAUUAUCAAUGUAGCUCUUAUAUAUUGUAGCAAUGUAGCGAGCAAAAUAGCCACAAGUGUAUAUAUCUGGAAACAGCUCUGAAGAUUAAAAGCAAUUGUUUGCAUUGCUAAUUUUA